AUGCUCAUCCUGCUGCCAGGCUGGGUGGCCCUGUGCAUCCUGCAGCUAGCCCUCAGCAGAACCCAGGAGUGCCUGAGCCACCAGCAGGUGCUCAGCACCGUGCGGCAGAUGCAGAAGCUGCUGUCGGCACAGGAGGCUGCCCACCUCCAGGGCACGCGCAGCCUCAAGAAGCAGCUCUCAGUGCUGCACAGCCGCAUCCAGAGGCUCGCUGGCAAACGUAACGACACCUGUCCGCAGCUGGCGGUGCCCUUGAACGGGCGGAAGCUGGGCCGCAGCGCACGGGUGGGCCACGACGUUCACUUCAUCUGCAAUGCUGGAUUUCAGCUGGUGGGCUCGGAGUCGCGCACCUGCCGGAGGGACCGCACCUGGAGCGGCACCCAGCCCUUCUGCAGAAGUAUUGAUGAGUGUUCCAGCAACCCGUGUGCCAACGGUGGAAUCUGCGUGGAUGGCAACCAGAGCUACACGUGCCUGUGCCCACGGGGCUGGUCAGGAGCCGGUUGCCAGAGCCCUGUCUAUGCCUACUGGGUGACGCUGAGCAACUCGUCCUUCAGCCGUCAGCCCCGCUGUGCUGAGGGCCGCCUGGGCUCGCGGCACUGCAGCUGUGAUGCCGGCUUCCAGAUGCGGGCAGGAGGUGUUUGCCAAGAUGUGGAUGAGUGCCAGCUUUUCCAGCCUAACCCCCAGACCCGGAUCUGCCUCCACGACUGCCUCAACCUCCCCGGCUCCUACCGCUGCCUCUGCCCACCGGGGUACGUGCUCCAUGCCGACCGCAACACCUGUGAGGAUGUGGAUGAGUGCACUGGCAGCCGGCACAACUGCACCCACGGUGAGCUCUGCAUCAACACCUUCGGGGGCCACUGCUGCAUGCGCCCCAAGUGCCCCCCACCACGCCACAACACCAGCUAUGUCAAGACCUCCAGCUUCCAGUGUGAGAGGAACCCCUGCCCCACAGACAGCCGUGCCUGCCGCCUCGCCGCCACCUCCAUCUCCUUUCACUACCUGCCACUCCAGGCCAACCGCACCGUGCCCCGCGUCCUCUUCAAGAUGUCCACCACCCGCUUUGUGGGUGACAGCCUGCGCUUCACCAUCAUAGGUGGCCGGGGCCAGGGCGUCUUUGCCGUGCGGCGCUCUGACCGGCAGACGGGAGAACUGGUGCUCAGCAGCCCAGUGGUGGGGCCAGCCACACUGGAGGUGGAGCUGGAGAUGAGUGAGUUCUCCCGCAAGGUGCUGCUGGGCAAGCACAUCUUCAAGGUCACGGCCUUUGUGUCCCAGUAUGAGUUCUGA